UUACCUUCUGGUCAGCAGCAGUGAUUUGGCGCCACCUAGAGGACGUAACAGGGAAACGACAGUAGCAUUAGUUAGCCUCUUAAAGGGGCUAGCCUAGGGAUGAUACUCUGGCUAAACUAAUCUAGGAGGUAUUUCAGAAAGGAGAAAAUGGAUAAAAUAACACAAGAAGAUAUCCGUCCACAAACUGAGAGAGAGCUUACAUCACCGCUCUCCCCCAAACGACCAAGGACAGAUUGUACAGUGACAAACAACCGCAGUGACAAAAGCAGGUUUGACUUUCCAGAGCUUUUAACAUUUCGGAAAACCAUUGUCUGCCCAUCAUCAACAAGUAUCUUGCAGGAAAAUCCAGGACUAGUAUGCAUAGCAGAAUGUGGGGAUAAUGAAGAUGAAAAAACUCAUGAGCAACCACAAGACGCUCAAUUAAUUGUCACCCCUAUUACUAGGUUGACACACACUGACGAUGCACACAUAGGAUCCUCUGAAGUCUGUUUGAUCGCUGCUGAGAGACGCUUCUUCAAACUUCUGCUGAUAGAUGAGCAGCCUCCAGUUACUGCAACUGACAUACUCAGCUCAUACCCAGCAGAUGAUGCAGAUGGGGCAUUAGCAGAGUCUCACACUUCAAAAGACACCAGCGCCGACACGUCCAGUCAUCCUGAUUGCAAACGGCUGGGGAAAUCACUUGAGGACGAGCCCCCUGGUGGUUGCAGUUUUCACUCUGGGAAUGACGAAGAUGGGAGACAGGUGCAAAAUAGUGUCAGUCAAAUCCAAGCAUUCACCCUUUUAAGUGAUGAGGGGGUCAGAUGUCAGCCUGAUUGCACUCAUGAAGAUGCGCUACAUGACACAGGUUUCUAUAAUACAUUGAGCCAAUCUGCAGAAGGUGAAAAGAGUAAUCAGAAGAGGGAUGAGCAUGGAGCAUUAAGUGAGAAUAUCCUUUUCAGCAAGGAAAAGGAAGAGGGUAACAGUCCCAUAUCUUCUACUGAUUAUGCAGACUCUAAAUCAUUCUACUCAAACCCUGAAGAGCAACCCUCUGGGAACUUGGCAGAAUGUGUAAAAAAUGAGGAAAAAAUAUUAGAAUUGCAGAUUUGUGAAAAUGAAAAUGUUCCCGUCUGCGAUGGGGCAACAAAAGGCCAAGUUAAUGAGAAUGGCAUGAGGAAAAACUCUAUGCCUUCUGCUGCUGAAUGUGCUGAGGGAUCAAUUGUUUCUUAUGAUGUGGUAUCAGCCAGAUAUACUGCAACUGAGAGUCUUGAAGCUGACGACUUCAGUGGGGCAAAAAGAGAACAUGCUGCUGGCGAGAUGAUAGCCAAAGCUCGGAGUGUAACGGCUGAUCACACAACAGAGACUCCGAUGCCCGCACGAAUCAGUCAAGGGCCUGCUGAAGGAGAUAAUGAUGCAAGCCCUUUCAGUGUAAUUGACCCUGCUAUCUGGAGUGAAACUGACAGGGAGGCUAAAGAGAAACGCUGUAACUCAGAGAGCGCCACAGGUGUAGAAUUAUAUCCAUCAGUAAAAGUCUGCGAGAUGGAAACACCUCUUCCACUCUGUUCCGACGUCCGGCUAUCACAGGAGAUUUCAGCUCCGGACCAGACUGGGCAGUUAAGUCACCAAAGCGGAACAGAGCAGUGCAAAGAUGAAAAAGAGGACUUAUGGCAGUCGUAUGCAGAACCGCAGGCUUGUCCCAUCAACACCAACGAAACACACAACAAGACUGGCAGUGAAGGCAGCUGUCGUUGGAAAUCCAGUCCCAGCAGCAGUCCAGCAAAGCCUCCUCCUGCAGGGGAUGGAGGACAAGAAAGCCAUGAUACUGUGGGACAUCAGUUGAAUGAGCAGGAUGGCUGUGUUCCUGUCAGUCCCGACCACCUGAAGACACAGGAGGUUGAAUAUUUACAGACUGAAAUUGCCAGAAUGGACGGGGCAACUGAGAUGAAAAAAAGAGAGGGAAUGACAAGUUUUGAAGAAGAAAUAAGAACUGUUGAACAUGGGGAAUCAGAAAACUCACCAGACUUAGAAGAAAAACUGCUGCAACAAAAUGAAAAACACGUAGGAGACGCAAUUGGAAUAUCAACUGGUAAUUCCAUCACAUUACCACAUAUUGACGAGGAACUGGGAAAUAACCAUGGAUGUUUGUCUGAUCACCCAUACAGCGCUGUAAUUUCAACAAUGGAAGGGACAACAGAGGAAAAUGAAAGAAAAGAAGAAGCAGGUGUUGGAGAAGAAACUGAUGUGCAUAGUAACUCAGAGAUAUCCGUGAAAUCAGGGGAUGCUCAUCAGCAACAAAGUCAACAGAAAGGAGACAUGACUGAGGAACGUAUCAGUGAAUGCACAGAGAGCAACAUGAGUAAAAGUGGCCACAAAUUAACCAGUCAACAACAAGAAAACAAGCUCAGUUGUGUCUGUGACUACCAACACAGAGCUGAGACGUUCAUUAUUGAAAUGAAAGACGACCUUUUGGCUUUCACGUUUCCCCCAAUAGGUGAUGCAGUUGUGCCAGGGCCACAUGAAUUACUCCAUUCACAAAAUGCAGACGACAACCCCACAGCUCUAAAUUGUCAUGACAGAUUUUCCCCAGUGCCAUCUGCCUUCACUUUCAACGACAGCAUGCCGGGGGGUUUUGACACUUUCGAGAAGAUCCAGCUCUCACUAGAUGAUGAUGAUGCUGGCCUGAGCAACAGCCCUCUCCUCACCAGCCUACCCGGGCAGCUGUUGAAAACACCCCAGCAACAACUUAUUACUUCUAUGCCAGAGGCAGAGAGCCGUGAGCAUGAUGAGGUACCAGAAGAGGAGGAGGAGGUGGAAGGAUUUGAGUGUCACACUGAAAACACGGCAAAGGGAUUUUCAAGCAGUGACACCAGGUGUUAUGAAUUCCCAAACUUUAUAUCAGGAGCAGAUGUCAUUUCUCUCAGACGGCCAGAGCAACAGCCUAACUGUGAAUCAGCUUAUAAUUCCCCCGAGUGCUUCCAGGAUGACUUAAACCUACAGUUAAUGUCCUCCACUGUUCUCUCCAAGAGCCACAGCUCAGCCUCUGAUGUGAACAACAUCCCCAACUUUGAGAUGAAAAAACAAUUUGACAUGGUCUUGAAAGAGCUGAACUUGUAUUUCGCUAUCAGUAUAAGCGACUUUGCAAGUGACAGUAGAGCGUCAUCACCUGAGCAGUGUAGUGAUAUAUCUAAAGCCUUGGAGGGCGACACUUCAAACUGCAAAGAACAUCUCAGCAGCCCAGAACUAGGACACCUCAGAGACACUACAUCAGAUGAUGCUGAUGAAGACCGCAGCCUGGAAAUGUGUGGAGGUGAUCCAGUGGUUGCUUGUACCUCUGGCAGCUGUGACGGCGAGCAGGAGGUGCCCCUUGGCAGCCAUCUGUGCCAAGAAACAUCCAUGUACACUGCAGAGAAACACAAAGAGCCCCAGGAGAUGGAGCAGAAAAGGGGAACGUGGUCUCCGUCCUUCGUGUGUCAACCAUUCUUGGAACAGCUGAGCCACAGACAGCCGGAGCAAAUCAGGAGACUGGAGCCUCUGAGAACAUGCACACGGCCGAUCCGGGUCGGACUUUCAAAGAGAGCCAAGACCAAACACCUCCACCGUCCCCACCCCUACAAGUGAACAUCGCAAAUGCAAUCAAGGUGAAAUGCAUGACUGUUAAUGAAGGUCUUCUUGUUGCCAUGUGCUGAAAAUGUUAUUUUCAGAUUUUCAGUAUAUUGUUCAUGGCUUUCUUGUGCUUCUACUCUUUCUUGUUUUUUGUGAGUGGUUCUGGUUCUUGUACAUUUGUACAACUGCCUCUUUAUUCAGGGGAUGUUGAAUCACAUUUAUACAUUUUCAUGCAUCCUCUCACGGGAGGUUCCCAUAUAAUAACAGUCUGCUGC